AACCAUUAGCAGACUUCUGGCGUGUAGAUACACAUGAAAUACCAAAAUUAUUACAUGAUGAACAAAUACUAAAAGAAGCAGAUAAAAUCAUAAAAUCAUUACUAGUUAGUUACAAAUCAAAAUUUGGAGGAAGUACUAUAAGUGCAAAAUUUAAUAAAAUCACCGUCUAUUAUGUGGAUUCUUUAAUUAUUAAGAUAUUAAAAAACUCUAAAAAAAUGCAACCAUACUUAGGUUUAUUAAUAUUUAAACAUGAACCUAAUUCACUUGUUGAUUUAGAAUCAAAGCAGGAUAAUAUAUUCAACGUAACUCAUUAUUACAGUUCAGUUGAUAUAGUUUUUUAUAUUGAUAUUCAACUUAUUAAUAAUGUAGUUGUAAAUUUAGGAGAUCGCCCAGAUUGGUACUAUGAGGACUUCGUAAAUGCUAUCAAAAAAUUUGAUCCGAUUAUAUGGUAUCCACCUAAGCAGCAUAAUUCGCCUCGGGCCAUAAAUAAUAAUGAAACUGAUCAUAAUAUACGACGUGAUAUACGACCUUUGUUAUUAAAUGGUGAAGAGAUAUUGGUUGUGAAAAACAACUUUUCUUGUUCAGUUGGUUUUUUUGGGCAAGUGGAUGGUAGUGACGUGCUUGUAACUGCAGGACAUU